AACGUGCACCUGAGAUGAAUGAGGAUCAGGGAUCACCUGAGAGCUCUUUGAGAUUAUAAAAUGAUGGAGACAAAGUUCAGUGCUGGUGGCUGAAGAUGCCUGCCUCGCGUUGAGCUGGGCUGCAUUCCACGCUGAAUUCUAGGGUUGUGCUGGUCCAUAUCGGAGCAUGAGACAAGGCCGAGAGAUCAGGAAGACUGGUUCUGUCCUUUACUUAAAAUUGAGUGACCUGGACAUGAUUUCCACAAGGGUGAUGGACAUUAAACUUCGGGAGGCUGCCGAAGGCCUUGGGGAAGAUGGCGCAGGAAAGAAAAAGUCGAAAUUUAAAACUUUUAAGAAGCUGUUUGGGAAGAAGAAGAGAAAGGAAUCCCCCUCACCCACAGGAAACAGCGCCUGGAAGCAAAAUCCGGCCAAGAGCGAAGUCAUUGCCAUUGAGGAGUCGGGGCCCGUGUAUGACUCUGAAGAUGAGCUGGAGGAGUCCAGGGGUACUAUGGGCAGCCGGGCCCUCUCCCACGACAGUAUUUUCUUUCCUGAAUCGGGACAGGACCCUGCUCGGCCCGUGCGGGUGUUCUCCCAAGAAAAUGUGUGUGACCGGAUCAAGGCUUUGCAGUUAAAGAUACAAUGUAACGUGAAGAUGGGGCCACCGCCUCCAGGAGGCCUUCCUAUCAAGCGGGCAGAGGAAACCGGCAUGAGUUCUGAGGAUGACGGACUGCCCCGCAGCCCCCCAGAGAUGUCCCUGCUGCACGAUGUGGGUCCAGGCACAACUAUAAAGAUCCUAGUGUCCUCGUCCCGGCCGCAGUCUCCCGACCACAUGAGCGAUGCCUCCAUCUCGUCUCGGGCCUUGGAUGGUAGCCUAGCACCUGUGGUUGACUUCAGCCACCCUCCAGAAUUCUCUUCCUGCCUGGACAACUCCGCAGCUAAACACAAGCUUCUGGUGAAGCCCCGCAACCAGCGAUCAAGUAAACUGAGGCGUCUGUCUUCGAGGGCGCAGUCUGAGUGCCUGAGUGACCUGUCGUGGACCCUAGAGGAGGAAGACUAUGAGGAGAAGCCAUCGCUUCAUGUCAGCAUGGAAGAAACCCCGGACGCUAGGCAGCGGGAUUUGAUACCGGGCAGAAGGCCUGAGUUUGGGGGACCUGCAACCUUUCUGUCACCUGGGGGGGCCUGUGCCAGGCGUGCUCGCCUACAGCACAGCAUGGCAGUCAGUGCCAGCAUGGAGGAGGGAGGCUGUCCUAGAGAUGAACCCUCAAGCCUUCCAGCUACGCCAGAAGUCAUUGAGCCCAUGGUGGUCUCAGUCCCGAGCUUGGAGUCCCCAUCUCUGCCAGAAAGUUCUCCAAAUCAUACUCUCCAUGGUGAGAUCCAGAAGGAAGAGCUGUCCCCUGGAGGCCUGUGUCCCCUAGAGGAGAGUACAUCAGAGGAGCCUCCUUGUGGUUCUGGAGUUGCAGAAACCCCUCUAUCCACUGAUGUCCCUGAGCGGGACAUGGUACCUUCCAAGGAGGGCUCUGCACCUCCUGAGGGAGACCCAGCAUUUUCCGAAAGACGCAUGGCAUUCCCUGGAGGUAGCAGACCUCCUGAGGGAAACACAACACCUCACAAGGGUGUCAUGGAACCUCCUGAGAGAGACAUGUCACCUUCCAAGGACAACAUGGCCCCUCCCAAGAGGAUCAUAGCACCUCCAGAGAGAGACUUGUCACCUCCCGAGGGAGAUGUGGCACCUCCCAAGAAGAUCAUGGCACCCCCAGAGAGGGACAUGUCACCUUCCGAGGGAGAUGUGGCAGCUCCCAAGANGAUCAUGGCACCCCCAGAGAGGGACAUGUCACCUUCCGAGGGAGAUGUGGCAGCUCCCAAGANGAUCAUGGCACCCCCAGAGAGGGACAUGUCACCUUCCGAGGGAGAUGUGGCAGCUCCCAAGAAGAUCAUGGCACCCCCAGAAAGAGACAUGUCACCUUUCAAGGGUGACAUGGCACCACCCAAAGGAAUCAUGGAGCCUCCUAAUAGGGACACAUUACUUCCAAAGGGAGACACACCACCUCCUGAGACUAUCACUGAUACCAACUUGGAGACACCUUUAGAUACAGAGAGACAGGACCAAAGUGUCGAGAAGGAAGAGGAGCUGACCCUGGUGGUGGUACCCAGGCCUGAGGGAGCGGGGACAGAGUCUUCCACAGCCCCUGCCCCAAGCCCUCCAGUACCCAAGAGCUGCCUGAAGCACAAGGCCUUGGUCACCAGUGGGUCCCCUGCAGAGUCUCCUCCGAAAGAGCCUGGCCCAGCAGUCCAGGACAAAGCAGUUGUGCCUCCCGCCCGCCCCAGGCCUACACAAGCUGCAACCUCAGGAGGUCCAGACAGAGCAGCCCCGGGGAGAAAGAACGAGCGGAGUGCGGAGCCACAGCGCAGCGUUAAGAGGUUUUCUGUGACCUCCAGCAGGGCGCGUGCCCGUGUCAGCAGCUCUCGCCUUCCGGAAUAUUCUGCACAUGUGCCUGCAGGGGGCCGAGCACCCUUGCUGCGGAGUGGCCUUGCCUGGAAGAGUGAGGCAGCACUUGACGACCUUCAGGUGCUGCCAAAGCCACAGGACCGGAAGACAAUGGGUGGUGACCCUCAAAACUCAGGGGAUGCGGGGGCCGGCCAGGCAGGACCGGGCAAGAGCCCCCAGGAAGCUGAGCCAUGUGCCUCCUCUGUGCAGGAGCCAGCCAAUGGGGAGGACCAGAGCCCCUUCCCAGUCAAGCUGCGGUCCACCUCACUCUCACUUAAAUACAGAGACAGCUCUGCCCAAGAGGCCAAAGCCAUCAAGAGGUACAGCGCCGAAGUCAGGUUGGAGAAAGGAGGCCUGGCUCUGCUCCCCAAAGAUGAACAGAGCCACGUUGGGACAGCUCCUGCACUGCGAGGCUCCAGGUCCCCCAACGGGCAAGGGAAAGGAAAGACCAGGUCUCCUGAGCAGCCGGGUACCAAGCCACCCCUGCCCAGGAAGCCGCUUCUGCCGAGCCUUACCUUGCCAUACCCACCCGCAGGCCUGGAUACCAGCCCUGGGGAGUCCGAGAGACUCAUACCGGUCAUCCUGCCUCCCGAACCCAGAAAGGAGAAAUCGUCCAAUCAGGGAGCUGAAAAGGGUCAGCCUCCUGCGGCUUCAGGUCCUGGGGCUGAUGGGCAACCCACCCCACCCUGGAUCACCAUGGCCCGGCAGAAGAGAAGAGGAGCCCCAGACCUGCCCGUCAACCAGGAAGAGAAGCCUGGGUCGAGGAUCCUAAAGACAGAAACUGGGAAGCAAGCCAAGGUGGCCGAGAGAGCCCAGGAGUCUGUGAAGCAGGGUGACUUCGUCCGGAGCAAAUCUUUCCUUAUGACCCCUGCAAAGCCUGCUGUGACCCAAAGGCAGGGGUCAAAGCUGAACCUCAAGGAAGGGCUACAGAGAGGAAUCUCACUGUCCCAUCAGAACUUGGCAGCUCAGGCUGCAGCGACCACAGAGAAGGAACUUCAUCAGCUGAAGAGGGCCAGUUACGCCAGUACAGAUCAGCCAUCCUGGAUGGAACUCGCCAGAAAGAAAUCUCAAGCCUGGAGUGACAUGCCCCAAAUCAUAAAAUAGAUUGGCAGCCUGCUGAGGAAGGAGGUCCACUAGACCGACGAGCCACUUAGUUUUAAACUGCCAAUAAAUCAUGGCAAGCAGACUGUGAAACUUACGAUUGAUUUUUGUCAACGGGUUCUGAUGUGCUCGGAGAAGAGAGAGGAACCAGGGGGGAACAGAGAAGACCAGCAGACAGCCUCAGUGCCGCCGCCGGGCCAGAGGGGCUGUGGCAAGAAUGUUGCGAAGUUUAGGGGCGACAUUCCUGUGCUGAGAUGUCAGUGUGAGCCUUCGAGUCCCAGGUCUGCGCUGCCUCUUGCCAUCAGCCAGUGCCUCUGGCCACCGUCUUGCCGUGGGCCAUCGUGGUCUUUCUUGUUUACUAAUAGGCAUGAUGUUUGUGGUAAAGCAGGGAUUCCCUUUACAAGAGCAGCUACCUACUUAACAAUCCAGUUUCCUGAAGAAACCCACCUACCCCGAGAAGGAGAGGAAGGGACGUGGCAGGGUUUGUCAAUUCAUAGACUGUUUCCAAAAAGAAUUUUUAAACUUUUCCACUAGGCAUCUGUGUCCUGUGCAAAAUGCAUUGCCUGUUUAAUAAAAAGUUUCAAACAUG